CGGCCCUCCCCUCCGCCAGAGCCCGGCUAGACGCGCCGCCGCGAUGGUGCAGGCCUGGUACAUGGACGAGUCCGCGGACGACCCGCGGCUGCCGCACCGCCCCGAGCCCGGCCGCGCGGUGGGCCUGGAGCAGCUGCGCGGGCUCGGCGUGCUCUACUGGAAGCUGGAUGCUGACAAAUAUGAGAAUGAUCCGGAAUUAGAAAAGAUCCGGAGAGAGAGAAACUACUCCUGGAUGGACAUCAUCACCAUAUGCAAAGAUAAGCUUCCCAACUACGAGGAGAAGAUCAAGGUGUUCUACCAGGAGCACCUGCACCUGGACGAGGAGAUCCGCUACAUCCUGGAGGGCAGCGGGUACUUUGACGUCCGGGACAGGGAGGACCAGUGGAUCCGCAUUUCCAUGGAGAAGGGAGACAUGAUCACUCUUCCCGCCGGCAUCUAUCACCGCUUCACGCUGGACGAGAAGAACUACGUGAAGGCCAUGCGGCUGUUUGUGGGAGAACCAGUGUGGACAGCAUACAACCGGCCGGCCGACCAUUUCCCCGCCCGGGAGCAGUACGUGAGGUUCCUGGCCCAGACGGCCUAGCGCACCGCACCGUGGAGCAGCUCGCCUGCAGGCUCUGUGCGGCGCCCUGAGAGCCACCUCCUCGCUUUGCUUUCAUGCAGUGGACGGCGGCUGUCUUUCCUUUGCAGACAUCUGAUCAGAGUACUUAUAAUGAAUGGAGCUGGGAAUCGAUUUCUACGUGGACGUGAGUGAAGUGGAGAGCCCCUGAUUCCCUCUGAUCGAUCCUGCUGUGUGCAAGAGUCUGGCGGGCAGCGCAGUCAUCCGUGACAGAACACAGGAGUCAGCUCCUGGGGGGUCACUGCCCCUGGUCAGCCGACACUGGUCAGCCUGAGCGCUGUGCACAGGAGCAGUCCUACAGACAGGCAGCCGGAGGGAGGCGAGGCGCUGUCCGCCCGGGGCACGUGGGCUGGGAAGAGCUCCGGCUGGUGUCCCUUGGGCUGCCUGUGUCCCCUCCUGUUGGGAAUAAAGUGCCUUGACCUCA